AGAGAGAGAGAGAGAGAGAGAGAGAGAGAGAGUGAGUGAGUGGGAGUGAGUAAGUAAGUAAGUAAGUGAGCUAUGCCCGAGUACCUGUACGACCCGUCGGUGCUGACCAAGGAUCGGCUGAAGAGCGAGUUGGUGGCGCACAGCGUCAGCCUGCCCGUGGGCGACCAGCGCAAGGACGUGUAUGUGCAGCUCUACCUCAAGCACCUGACGGCCCGCAACCAUCUCCCCCACCGCGGCACAGACUUCUCCAGCGACGAGGAGGAUGGAGCCGCCCCCGCCCCCGCUCCGGGCCGCACGCACAGGAAAGCCACAAGGAAGACGGACAAAGCUGACAAAGCUAGUGUGGAAGAGAAUAAUGUUACUGAUGUGACUCAGCUGACAGAUGAGAAUUUAAGAGACCAACUUACAAAAUAUGGGUAUUCUGUGGGUCCUAUUGUGGCCACCACAAGGAAAGUCUAUGAGAAGAAGCUGGAGCAGCUGAUGGACCAAAGUUCUGCAGCAACUGAGGAAAAACAGCCAAAUGGGAGCACAGAUUCUGAUCAGUACAGUGACACGGAGGAAGAGGUCAUGGUUAUGAAAGAGCUGUUUCCAAGCAAAACCAAGAGUCAUGUGGUAACCAGGCAAAGGAAAGCAGACUACAAUCGGGUGGAACAAAAUGAAAUGGUGAAGGAUAUUUUGGUGGAGGAAAUAAUCCCCAAUCAGACAUCAACACCCACAGGGAUCAGUGCCACUUGCCGUAAACCGAUCAGAGGAGCUGCUGGCAGGCCGGUUGAGUUCACCUACAGGGAUGCACUUCCCAGGAGGCCUGUACCCAAAGUCCAACCGCUGGCACAGGUCAAACCAGAGAAGAGUAAAAGCCAACGCUCUGUGCCUAUCUGGAUACAGAUAGCAGUGCUCCUCAUUGUGGCAUUCUUCCUAUUCCUGGUUUACCAGGCCAUGGAAACAAACCAAGUGAAUCCAUUCCUUGUUGAUCCAGAUCACCCCAAGCAAAUAGCUGAGAGUCAGUGAGCUGGGUAGUGCAACAAGCAAAUCUAUGGAUAUGUCCUCAUCCAGGACUCGACAAACACUUUAGUUUAUGUUUCAGAGUAGCGUCAGGGUUAAGACAGUUGGCCGGAGGAAAUCGAUCAUUCUAAAAAUGGUUCUUACCGAGACAGAAAAAAAUAAGGACAGUCGACUGCUUUGGAAAUGGACUUUUUCAGCCUCUGCACCUCAGGAUCAUUUGAUCAAAAUUUAAAACCUCAAAUCUUUUGGUAAAUUAUUUUUCUAAAUUUGAACUUUUUUUAACGAAACAAAACGAUCAUGGUACAAUUGGAACAUUCAGGGUAACAAAUGUACACUGAUACUUUUGCUGCAUGUUUGUAGCAAUCUUAAGUAGGCAUCAAGGGAUUGCAUAUGUCGAUAGUAAUGAUAAAUCUUUUGUACUUUUUUAAAAUACUGUUAGGGCAUUCUUUCAGCAUGAUUUUUUUUAAAGUAACUGAUCUAGUUAAUGUAGACUUUGAAUUGUGUUAAUCAGGUAUAAAGAUUAAAAUAGUAGGAAGCACAAUUGUAGCAUAAUAGGUUUGAAGAUCAUUGCAUCUUUCAGAUAAUCUGGAUAGAACUGUAAAUUGAAUCAUGAGCCUUUGCAUAUAAGCUCUGAGACAUUAGUUAUGUUUUCAUUGCUUCCUUUACUGUGAUGUUUGAUGGUAGAAAAUACAUUUUAACAGUUGAAAAUGUCAACCUGUGAAUUUUAAUUUUGUAUUGUCUUUUUAGAUGAUCUUAAUGUUGGCAUUGCUAUAUGUCCAUAUUGAAAUAAAAUGACUUGAGUAUCGAUAGAAAUGGAAUUUGUAUACAUCUUCCUAACAAUACUUUUCUACAAACUAGUGACUAGUAGGUCGCUCACUGCCGCAGUGAUAUUCCACCACACUUGGGGAUUUCCCCCAGUCAGUUGCUGUACCUUCUGAACCUGUUUAUGUCUGGACUUCAGGCUCUCUAGUCAGGUUCAAUUGGAAAAUACCUCACAAAUUGUGGUAGGCUAUGCCUUGACCAGCAUAUAGAACCAAGUGUUAUAAACUUACGUUUCCGCUUAAACCUACUUGUGAAGUGGUUGGGAAUGUGUAAUCUUACAUUGGAACUUCUUUUAUGCAAUAAAUAUGGCCAGUUUGUACAGGUGGAAUUGUCAUGAACUGUCAAUGUGUUAUAUUGUGAUCUAGAGGAAUAAAUGUUUGUCAAUAUAAA